AUGGAGGAAGAGGAGGGCAGGGUGAACGGUUUUGGACUGACCCCGGAGAGGUUCGGCUCGGACUGGGCUCACAUCGCCCUGCUGGACAAGACCAAGGAGUUCUUUCAGACCUGUGACGUGGAGGGGAAGGGUUUCAUCAACAGCACUGAUCUGAGGAGGCUCCACAGAGAGCUGCCUCUGUCUGCAGGAGAGCUGGAGGAUGUGUUUGACUCUUUAGACACACACCGUGCUGGUUACCUCACUCUGGAGGCAUUUUCUUCCAGAUUCAGUCAGUUCCUUCACGGUUGUAGAAUCCCUGUUACUGAAGAUCAAAACCAGACCCCAGAGCCAGUGUUCAAGGCAAAUGAAGCUCUUUACCAAAGCCAGUGGGAAGCCAAGUUGUCAGAAGUGGAAGAUGAGGAAGAAAGGCACUUCAGUAUGCUGCUGGACAGCCUGGGGGCCAGUAAUGUAUUUGAGGAUCCAGGUGAGGUGCGCGACCUUUGGGCCCAGCUCAGGAGAGAUGAACCUCACCUCCUGUCCAACUUUGAAGAAUUUCUGGCUAAAGUAACUCACCAGAUUAAAGAGGCCCGCCAGGAAAAAAAGGAAAUAGAGAGUGCUCUGCAGAGGAAGGCUGCGACACAUGACAACGAGAUCCGCCAUUUGUACGAAGAGAUGGAGGCGCAGAUUAAAAACGAGAAAGAACGACUUCUGCUACAGGACUCUGAGCGCCUUCAGCUGCGCAGUCAGGACCUGGAGCACCAGCUGUUGUCCAAGGAACGAGAACUGGACAACCUUUUUCACAAACAAAAAAGGUUAGAGCUCCAGUGCCACGAGCUGAACAGUGAGAAGCAGGAGAGCCACGUGGAGAACUUCAAGCUGAAAAUGACCAAUGAAGAGCUGUCCAGAGCGUUGCAGAGCUGCAGCCAGGAGCUCGCACUGGCCCAGGAGCAGCUGGAGGAGCUGCAGGAGCAGUCUGCCCGGCUGCAGCAGGAGAAAGAAACGGAAAUGUACAGAGUAACUGAAGGGCUGCAGAGGGAGAUGCAAAGUCUCAUGAAGCAGCUUGACCUCCUCAGAGAAAUGAACAAACAUCUAAAGGAUGAGCAAGACAUCCGCUGUGGUGCACCUCAGUCGUCAAUCAGAAAGCAGCAGAAAGCAGGCCUCGAGGAUUCCUCUGACACUAGCCAUCCAUCAAAACGAGCCCCACCGUUGGUGGACGGGUCCUUCCAGUCUCUAGAGGCCUUGCCCAUAGAGCACCUUCAAAUUGUGUUUGUCGCUUCCUCCUCCUGCAGUGAAGAUGACGCCCCCGAUAAAGCUGCCAACACCCCCAAACCACAGCAGCAGUCCCCUGUGAAGAGCUCAAGCUUAGCCAACGGUGACGUCAGCCUCGCUCAACCCAACGUGCACGAAGUGAAGGCAAAGGCCAGGAGGACAUUGUGCAAAACUGGCGCGAGCAAGAAGGAGGUAAACAAAGAGCGGACAAAGAAAACAGAAGCUGAGAGGAAGGUGGAGGUAGAGGAGGAGGUCCUGGAUACGCCUGCGGACGGGUGGCCCCUGCGCCGAGUCAUCUCCAUUGAGGAGGACCCCCUGCCGCACCUGCUUCAUGGUGCACCCCAGCCCUUAGUGCACCAGCUCGCUGACGAUGAAGCUAGCCUUGUAAAAGCUCCAGGUGUCUCUGUACCCCCUCCCUCCAGACUCACAGUGGACACCGAAGCUCCUGCUGCAAAGAAAUCCCACGUUACCCGAAUAAAAAAGAGCCAAGAGUCUCCAAGAGGACAGCCUGUUGGGAAGGAGACCCGGCAGAAAACAAAAGAGCGAGAGUUGUUCGCCCCCGACCGCCUGUUCAAGGUGGUCCUGGUUGGAAACUCCAGCGUGGGGAAAACCUCCUUGCUGCGUUCCUUCUGCGAGGGGCGUUUCCACCCGUCCACAACUGCUACUGUGGGUAUUGACUACAGUGUGAAGACAUUAACCCUGGACAACAUGCAGAUAGCCAUGCAGCUUUGGGACACUGCAGGUCAAGAAAGGUACCACAGUAUCACCAAACAGUUCUUCCGUAAGGCCGACGGGGUGGUGGUGAUGUACGACGUCACAGUGCUGGAGAGCUUCAAGGCCGUGCGACCCUGGCUCCUCAACGUCCAGGAAACUGCAGGUGAAGGGAUCCCCAUUCUGCUGCUGGGCAACAAAAUGGACAUGGAAAGAGAGAGGGAGGUGUCGCGUAAGGCGGCUGAGCGGCUAGCUUUCGAAAAGAAAGUGAUGUUCUUUGAGGUCAGUGCCUUCACCGGCAGGAACGUGACAGAGUCCCUGACACAUCUGGCCAGAGUGUUAAAGGAGCAGGAGGACACGGUAAGAGACAUGACGGUCAUCCUCAGUGCUCGGCCCACCAGGAAGAAAGCCUGCUGCAAGUGAAGCCCAACAACUACAACAAAACUAGAGAAAUUGCAUUUCCUCUGAAAACGAAGGGUGAAUGCUUAUUGAUGAAGAACUUGCUGAAAAA